UGCUUACUCGCAGUGCAUGAGAAGAAGUUUGGCAAGUUCAAUGAUCUCUUGGACACUGCGAAGAUCGGGCUGCUGCAAAAGGUGGCCUUAUCGAAUGGCGAAAAUAGUUUUGACCGGGUUUAUCCCACUUUUAUGGAUGAAGAAGAUGUUUUAUCCAUGCAGUCCAUUCUUAGUCUUACAACCAUCUCCAUCCUGGCUGCACUCAUUUCAAGUAGGGGAAAAAGUUCCAGGAUGGUCUGACUAGAUGGAAAACGCACCAUUCUUUCAUAACCGUGACGAAGUUGCAUGCGCUAGCAGAUCUCGACUUCGUUGUCUCCAAAUACCAAGCUGCAGCGGCAACGGCGAAAACCUCUGCAACGGGUCCCCUUCUUCAUGGACAUAAUACGACCUCUUCGUCUUCUUCAAACAAUAAGAAACUUCGUAUCACUCAAGGACUACGCGGAGUGUCGGACAUACUGCUGAAGAGAUUGUCCGCUUGCCGUGUGUUCGGGGACCAAGAUUUAGCCUUGUCAAUUUCUAGAGUCGCGCUGCAAGAGCUCGCGUCGACCAGUUUCAACUACGACGUUGUCAGGUUAGAACUAGAAUCGCAGAAACUGUCCAGAAAAGCCGGUCGUCCACGCGCGAUCCUAGAGGAUAGCCAACUGUAUUCUUUGCGCUUAUCUCCCGCUAAGAACCGCUUAUUCCAGGAAGCGCUGGCGAAGGAUCCGCCUUUUCGCACGCUGAUAGAGCAGAAGGACUUGGAGGCCUUGAAGCAUCUACAGGCCCUGAGUGAGAAGAGCGAAGACGCGGAUGGCGUAGCAUCGAAAAGUGUGGAUCAGACUCUCGUGUCCCAAAGGCUCAAUGAUCUUUCCCAAGCGGGCGUCUGGAAGGCUCAGUUGCUAGCUGCGCGCUGGUUCUCGGACGAUCCUCAGAAGCGAGUGUGGAAAUUUGAUCGCGUCUGUCAGCAACAGAAAAACGCCCCAAGACCCCAUCUAGAUUUUGCCUUGUUUUUGGAUGAUUUCUUGCAAAAAUCGAAGGAAAAGCAGCAAAGUGAUAGGAAUGAAAGAACCUUUGGGCCAGCUGGUGGUCUCAUCGUAGAAGCAGAAACGGACCACGAGACAAACAAUAAUUAAGGCUAGUUUUUCUUUUUCGCUAGCGGCCCAUGGAUGUGGACUAUUCCGAGUGGGUUCUUCCUUGAUUCAAAGGGGAAGCGAAGGGGGAAAAUCGAAAAGGGGAACCUACCCUCUCCUACAGCCUUUAGGCUAAAGGGGGACCCACGCAUGGGGGACCCACCCUAGCGCUAAUAGAGAGAACAGAAAUUGUACAGCCUGAAUCCCUUGGACGUAAGCGCGCUGGUGAUCCAAACGAUGAGCCAAUAUUUCCGUGUUUUGGUUCUCAGCAGUACUCCAACAUUAAGGCGCUAGAACUAAGUAGAUAAUGAUGUAUCUAGCACUAGAUGAACUAGAUAAUUCAUCUUUCUUGUCUGGAUAAAUGAAUCAAUACUCUCUCUCUCUCUCUCUCUCUUUCGCUCCGAGUACUAGAAAUGCAUGCCCACCUACCACCUCCCAAGUCGAUAGAUUAUUUUCAUACAAGAACUACAGGCUCAUAGGUUUUGCGAUGGAGCAAUGCUUUCACAUGCAUACAUACUGAACCCUAAAACACCCCUUCUUCUAAUUCCAACAGCCGGAAAUAGUGCAGCAGGUUCUUCUUUCUCGGCGAUUUCAAGUAGUGUCAAAGGUACUACGACCGCCAACUCCUCGAAAGGUACUGCUUCAAAAGUAGUGGCGAGACAGGAGGAGCUUUGCCUAAACCGUCUGCUGAAGCUAAUGAUCGAUGCAUAUAGCGAAGAAAACACUUAAGGCUGGCGCUCAAGAACAUCACAACACUAUUAGUUCUUGACUUCUAUAUUAUUACAACUUGUACUAUUUCAUUUCUAGAAAUGAAAGUGUCAAGUCACUGUUUUCAAUUUUCUCCUCAGAAGAAACUGAUUGAUUCCUACAACGAUAUUAUGGAUGCAUAGAUAAGUUCACUUUAAGAGGAGGUGACUCAAGAUUUCGAAAAGCUUGGACAGGGAACGAGAGUACUCCUGAAACAGGCAAUUUUGAAGAACGACGCUACUGGAGGUGAAGGCCAUAUAAAUUAAGGGUUAAAUAACAGUUACAUCCUCCACAAGAACCACGUUCCCGCACAACUCUCUUUCUAGUAGGAAAGAGGUCGUGGAUCUUGAUCUUCUGAGGAAUGGAGUAAUGUGGCAACCUUUAGAUUGAAGAGGUACUCGGAAUGGCAAAGCAGACAGUAUUGGAUGACACGAAAACCCGUGGUCAGCCGCGAAUACCGAGGUCGGCGAAGGAGCAAGAGUGGGACAAGCAUGUUGGGGUGCUCAUGGAAAUGUGGCAGAAUAGCAACUCCAUCCGCAGAUGGGCUGCUCAGCACCAGUUUGAGAAAGAUUUUAUGCCGAAGCUAGUUCUUGUACUAGCAGUUACUGAUAAACUGGAAAACCUAAUGACCUGUUUUGGUAGUUGUGCAUUAGUUACCCUCAUCAAGUUCAAGAGGGAUGAUAUCAGAAUGUAUAAGGACCAUCUUCUUCAGAUUCAAUAGUUGUACUUAGGCAAGCGGCGUAAGACAUUAAGGGACCUAGAUGCACGACCCAAUCGACAAUCCGUUCUUCGAAGUGGAUAACCAUAACCCUAUAGUUGUUAUAAAGAUAUUAUCUGUGGUGCAGGCGAGCAGUAAGAAUAAGAUCGAGUGAUUGCCUGACACAAUUCUUACUUUAUUUCUCUAAUUUGACCAGAAAUCGCGUGCAGUCGAAAAGACACCCAGGUGGAAAAAUGACACCACAACAGCAACAACAAGAGCAGGAGUUGGAGCAAAAACUUCUGCCCUUGCGAGUACGGGCCAUUCAGCUCUUCUCGACGGAAUGGUCCAAAGUACCGACUCAUUUGUGGUAUUUGCUGCAUGACCAAUUGAUCGCAUUCCAUUAUGGCUCAGAAGAAAUGAAGCAUCGUCUUUGAAGAAGAUUACUGCACCAUGAUUCCUUUGAAGCUGCACCAUGAUCCCUUUGAAGCAGUUGUAUCUAUUUAUUAGGUUCAUCCUGUUGAUGUAGUUUUGCAGCUCUUACUACUUUUGCAUAGAUGUUCUAGAACGCAAAAGGACAUUUAUGUAUGGACGAGGAGAGCGCUAAUUCCCUGGGCUCGGAGGCCACCUAGCUCGGCUGUUUGAGACUAUUUUAUUAGAAUUGAUGGUGAAGCAUCCACAACAAAUGCUGUGGCCCAUCAAUUGCUGGCGACAACAUGCCUCCGCGGGCAAAAGCGCAGCAGGGAGGAUCGUCGAAUGUUGGACUGAGCAUUGGGAUAUUCUUAAGGCUCAAUGUCAAGAAAUAUUUUGUUCGUUUCAGAAGAUAUUGAGUCCUUUCAUCUUGCACGGUCAACCUCAUUCUUGACAGGUAGAUAGCUUAAAUUUGAUUUUCUUGGAAUAUAGACGAAGACACUUCUCACGACCGCUUCAGGAACCGGUGGUACGUAUAAGAGGCACUAUCUGCGACUGAGGUCAUGGGGAUAUCUGAGAUGUAUUGUUCCCAUACCACGACGAGUAGAGCUCCUCUAAUGGUUAUGGGAACGCAAGGAAUGGCAACAUCAACAACGCAGUGCCUUCUGGAACGAAUUCUGCGCGCGCAACAGGAGCAAAUCAAAACCAGUCUUCACAUACUAGACAGGGAGGAGGUGGGGAACAUCUUCUUCAUUAUGAAUAUGAUCAGCAGACGAAAGUACUAGUAAGUAUUUCUGAAUUUUUCAGAGUACUUUAAUUUGUCAUCCGUAGAGAAGUAGUACUUCUUCUUAUCAGAAUACAUCCACAUCGAGAUCGAGUCUCCACCUUGUUCAUCGUUCUCGCUUAAAUUUUCAUCAGUUAAUAUACUUGCUUCUUUCCGUUUACCGAAUAGUUGAUGUAUUAGUCUAAAUAACCAAAUUAUAAGUAGUUAUGAUAAGGCCUGCUCGAAGGUGUUAGUAUAACACAUAAAAGAGGAUCCAUGACAUGACAUGACAAGUAGUUCAGCACGUUCUUAAUAUGAGUGAACAAUACCCCAGAAGUACGCUCACGUUGUAAAUGAAUACCCAAGUAGUAAGUAGGCGUUGCUUUAGCAAGUCACUUUGCUUUAGCUAUCAAGUAACUUAGCUUCUAAGAAGAGCAACCCGACAAAGACGGCCACGAGGCUAGAGCGACUCUGAUUCAGGCACACGAUUAAGGCUAUUUUCUUCAUUUAUUUUCAGACCAACAUGAACUAUCAGAGUACAAAUUUCAACUUUAAUAAGACUUCUUAAAAGAACUAAUUACCCCUUAUGAUCAGAUCUAAUAGUACAACCGUUGAUGUGCGGCAUCUUUCCUGAAAAGUAUGACUUUGAAGCUGUGGAAUUUAAGUCAUUUCCAUGGUCCGGCCAUACUUAAUGAGAAAGCGCCUCGUGUCAUUUGAGACACAAUGAUGAUGUUUUAUAGACUAGUAGAGACAGCACCUCUAACGCUGCUUUUACCUUACGGGUUUGCAGCAACUGAUAGGGUUCAAAGACUGCAAUACCACGAUGCUUGCUUUGAGCGAGUCGCAUCUCAUCUUAAGGCUAAUAUCGAUCUGGUUCCUGAGCACGUAUAAAAAAUAUUAUCACGUAUUUAGAUUUAUGGAUUGCUUUCCUCUCAGGACAUGAAGAUUUCAAGUUCGGGAUGGACCCCCUUGAUUAUUCCUCCUCAACAAAGGGGAAAAAUGAUCAAGGGGAAGCAAGGGGAGGGGCCCUUGAAUCUUCAUGACUAAACAAAGGGGAAAAAUGAUCAAGGGGAAACAGGGAAAGCAACUGCUCAAACUGCUUGCAACACUGACUCAGGCGCGACAGACGAGAGCGAAUUAUAGGUCUAGCGCUAAUUAUCGCCGUUUCCUCGUUAGCCACGACGCCUGCGGCAUAUGUAGGCAAGCCAAUUUUGAUACCGUUGGCGAAGUUUAUGCAGGUUAGGCCGUCGUCUGGAAGUAGUGGAGAAAAAAGCGUGGAUCACGGUUAUGUUGAAGUCACAGAAGUAGCAAACGUGAAGAUAUCUUCUAAGAAAGUACUUAAUUGUACCUUAGGUAGUUCCAGUGUAAAUUUGUUUAGAUUUCCAUAAGUAAUAUCAAACUCAAUCCAGAAGGAAAGACCACAAGCAUUCACAUACACAGACAUCUUUCGAGUGCUAAUACCUCUCGAGUGCUUUGGCAGCUGCACAGGCCGAGGCCGUCUUUCUGCAUGGAAUACAGGACAAAGUAUCGGUCAUGACCACAAUUAAGGCAGCUCCGAUAUAUUGACUAAAAAAUGCAGCUUUGAUUUGACUAAAUGCACUGGUUCUACUUUGCUCAAAGUCACAGAACUCCCUAAGCAAUUAUUAUGAAAUCAUACGAAGAUUAUCCCAUUUCUAUUAAAUAGAAGGUCCUCAGAAUUAGUGGAUCUUUCUAAAGAUAAGGUUCGGCCAAAAAAAAUUACGUUUAUCGGCUCCGAUGGCAAAGGCUACAGCUUUCUCGCAAAAGAAGUUACGGCUGGUGCUAGAGUAUCUCUGAAGUCAAUUCUUGCAUUAGUCUGAAUCUGAUUGUUGAAGUAACCAAAGAUACCUCAAGAAGUGCAAACUCACUGUCACUAUUUCGCUCUGUAGUCCUCAUUUUGAAGAUGAUGACUGACUCGUCCCAUUUUUUGCAACUUUAAGCAAGAAUCGAGAGGCGACUUGAAGAAAGACAAACGCGCUCUGGAUUUAGGCAUGCUGGUGAACAAGUUGCUGCGUCGAUGUGCAGAGAGUUAAGACUCAAAAAUGCAAUUCCAUUCUAGAAGUACAAGUCAUUUCUUACUGUUUUCUUCUCAGCAAACUAUUGGAAGAUCAAAUCGAAUUCAAAAUGAAGCAGGCAAGAAAUAUACUCAAUGAAAUCAGUAGAAGUAGUUAAUGUCGAAAAUGACUCGUUGUUUUCGAAAGUUCGCUACCGAUUGAUAAGUGCCUAAAAAAAUUAGUAUGCUGGUCCUCUUGUUAAACGCUGUCUAGUCCGUUCAUCACCAUUAUUUUCAAAAGUUCACACUAUUUUCCGGUUCUACCAUUUUUAUUAUCAUCUGCUCUAAGAACCUGCUCGAAGAAAACUCGAGCUGAGAACGUACAAGGUGACGCCCAUCACGGAAAAAGCUGGCUUGUUGGAGUGGGUGAGCAACACUAACACCAUGAAAAACUGUAUCGAAGCGGAACAAAAAUUGGAGCGACUGCACAAAAGGUAUAUCCUUCAUCUAAGUCGCUACAUUAAUUAUAGACGUAGUACAUUAGACUACUUAAUUAUAGACGUAGUACAAGUACAAGUACAACACGUACAACACCAAUAGUAGAAAUAGAUAUAGAAUUUUUGCAUUAGAGCAGGUAAUUAUAAAAGGUAUGUUUCUCUUGAUGACGAGAAGGGUCUUUUUCUUGAUAAAUUCAAAUUCAAUAAUUGUUGGGUGUAAUUACUACUAUUUGCUGCUGGUCUGACCAUUUUAUGGCAUCUUUCUUCGUCAGGAAGAGCAAGUCAGCAGUCACUUGUAUUUCGUCCUACGCCUAACUAAUUCCUUCCCGAGAAGAGCGCUGGGGCCACGCUGCGUCGGGUUGCGCCUUAGGUUUUCUGCAGGAGUCGAGUGUGCGGCUUCUCCGAUAGAUGUAGAUUUGUGGCCGAGUGUGCGGUCUUAUGCGCCCCCAGUAUGUAAUUUGGAUCUUAUAUAGGUUAACUAAUUGAUUGAAAGGGAGGCAGCAUAUAGUCCUAACGCAAAAAAAAAAGCUGGACUGAGCACCAGGGCGACACACAGGGAGGCCAAAACUGAACGAACUGAAAGAGGCCAUAGUCUUACUAGCAGAGCGUUAUCAUGCCUUCAAGUUUAACUCGUGACAUUGUCCACAUUUUCUUCCAGGUAUCCAAAAGCAAGAUCCAGCCAGCCUGCACAAAUUAUGGCAGAAGUAGAGCUAGUAUCUAUACAUAGAUACUACUAAAAAGAUGUGGAUUAAUAAGAGGACCACAUCAGCAGGGCUGCGCCUAAAGCUAAACGCCCAAGUCUCCACGUCGCAAUCGACUGCUCGUUACGCUUGUUCAGGUAAGCUGGAUCAUGAGAUUAUUCCUAGUCCUCGUGGUAAGCUAGAUUGUAACUAAUAGUGGUGGUUAUAAUGCUGGUAGUCCUCGUCCUUAGCAAUUGUAAUACCCAAUGGUUAUAUAUAAUGAUAGUACCCGCGGCCCUAAUCGCAGUUCCACAACUCCUACUUCUAAUACCCAUUGGGCAACGAAUUACUUCGACUACGUUUACAAACUCUUACCAAGCUAUCCACCGGUUUUCCAUCUCUGGUAUCAGCGGACGUCCAAGGUAUUACUUAUGUUGUUCUGUACGUCUACGUAUUCGAAAACUCAAAGUGAGCGAGUUACUGUUAUCACAUUUUCACUAUCAAGUCUCUGAACGAUGGUAACAGGAGAGACAACAGUAUGUUGUUGCAUUUCAUGAGUUUCUUACCUCCGCGGUUCUGCGUUCAUCUUUAAAAUUAAAUACACGACUUCACACCAAGAAUGAAAUACACUUCACACCACAGGAUCCUUCCGAGUGGCUAGUAAGACGAAACGAGUUUACCAAGUCUCUGGCCUGUUGGUCGAUGUUGGGUUACGUGAUGGGGCUAGGCGAUAGACACUGCGAAAACAUCCUUAUCGAUCAGGUUGCUGGAGCAGUAGUCCAUGUCGAUUUCGAUUGUCUGUUUGUUACGGCUCUUUUUAGCUUGCUAAAUCAACUACCUGAAGAACAACUUUUAGUGUGAGGGUUUUUUAUUUGAGGACUUAUACAGAAGUUUGAGGGCUGCAAUCCGUGAUAUGACAUCAGAUAGAGAUCCCUACUAUUAGUAGCACUGCUCGCCAAACUACAUUUGUAGCAAGAACUUUCCACACUCUAAUUUCCGAAAAGGACUCUACUUAACGAAACCGGAAGUGGUCCCAUUCCGCUUAACACAGAAUUGUAUCGCCCCCAUGGGAAUCACCGGGAUUGAAGGCCUUUAUCGACACUCAGCGGAAAUCUUCAUGAGCGUAUAGAUAUCUCUCUCAAAAGGUUAAAGCUAUUGAGACACUGUCACUCACUCAAUCAUGGAUCCUGGCGUGUCCCUCUCGAAAGAUAGUGAGCAUCUUCUUCUUCUUCCUCUUUGGUUGACAAAAACAAUCUUUGCGCUGGUUAUUCUUCUCCUUCCACCUUCCUAUAAUUCGGCUAUCUACUUCUAAAAUGAAUCAUGAACCUAAAGAAGCUAAUCUUCUCCAGAUUUCUGUUCCUCUUCCUCCAAAAAGGUAAUGCGCAGCAACCGCACGACGAUAGGGAGUGUGCUCGAAAGCUUCUUGGCGGACCCGUUUUUGGACUGGAAGCAACAAAACAGAGUGCCGAUUAACAUACCGAAGACAGUGAAAGAGCUGCA